AUGUGUGGGAUAUUUGCAUACCUUAAUUAUCAAGUACCAAUUAGUCGUCAAGUCAUUGUGAACACAUUACUUAAUGGCUUACAUCGACUUGAAUAUCGUGGUUAUGAUUCAGCUGGACUCGCCAUUGAUGCUGUUUGCCCAGAAAAAAUGGGGAAAGUGGCUUCAUUAGGACAAGCAAUCAAACAAUUUCUAACUGAUGAUGACCUGCCGAAUGAGCCAAUCACAACACAUGUUGGUAUAGCACAUACCCGUUGGGCAACUCAUGGUGAACCGAAUGAAGUAAAUGCACAUCCUCAACGUUCUGGUGCUGAUAAUGGAUUUGUUAUAGUACACAAUGGUAUUAUUGCUAAUUAUACAGACCUUAAAGCGUUAUUAAGUCGUCGUGGAUAUACUUUUGAAUCUGAUACCGAUACAGAAGUAAUACCGAAAUUUAUGCAAAUGAUUUAUGAUUCACAUAAAGAAAAUCCAAUCACAUUUUUAGAAGUUGUAGAGUUGGUUGCUCAUCAGUUGGAGGGAUCAUUUGCUCUGGCAUGCAAAAGUCGUUAUUACCCUGGUGAAUGUGUAGUGGCAAGACGUGGUUCACCAAUGUUAAUCGGCAUUAAAAGUCCACAUGAAUUGACAAUGAAUCAUAUCCCAGUAUUUUAUAGACCAAACGUAAAAAAUUGGGACGGAAAGGAAGAUUCGCACAAUUUUAAACGUUUGUGUAGUUCAUCUCCAAACACCACGUACAAUAUUCGACCUUUAGUCAAUGGUGAUGAACAUUCAGAGGUAACAGAAUCACUACCAGAUCAAGUGACACAUUUCUUGAGUGGUGCAGACGGUCAUCGGGAAAUCGAAUUCUUUUUCGCAAGCUGUGCAAGCGCGUUAAUUGAGCACACUGACAAAGUUAUAUUUUUAGAAGAUGAUGAUUUAGCAGCUGUUCGUGAUGGUCAACUGACAAUUCAUCGUUUAUCAAGAGGUGCGUCAGCCACGCGUGAAGUUGUCACUCUGCAAAUGGAAUUGCAGCAAAUUAUGAAAGGCAAUUAUGAUUAUUUCAUGCAGAAGGAGAUUUUGAACAACCAGACUCAGUUUUAA